GUGAGUGGCAUCACGUGAUAGCGGCUGCUGCGGAGGGUAGUGGCGGCGUCUCCGGGUGCGCGGGCUGCCCGGGACUGCCGAGGGCCGGCGGCUGCCUUUCUCCCGUAGAGUACGUUUUAAUUGUCAAUUAAGAUGGAUAUCCGAGGUGCUGUAGAUGCUGCUGUCCCAACAAACAUCAUUGCUGCUAAAGCUGCUGAAGUUCGGGCAAACAAAGUAAACUGGCAGUCAUAUCUCCAAGGGCAGAUGAUUUCGGGUGAAGACUGUGAAUUUAUUCAAAGAUUUGAACAGAAGAGAAAUCCAGAAGAGAAACAGGAGUUGUUGCAAACAGAAGGCAAUCAAUGUGCUAAAACAUUUAUAAACUUGAUGACUCAUAUCUCCAAGGAACAGACGGUUCAGUACAUUCUGACUAUGGUUGAUGAUAUGCUGCAAGAAAAUCAUCAGCGUGUUUGUAUCUUCUUUGAUUACGCAAAACGUGGUAAAAACACUGCAUGGUCCUAUUUUCUGCCAAUGUUGAAUCGACAAGAUCUUUUUACUGUGCAUAUGGCAGCAAGAAUUAUUGCGAAACUGGCUGCAUGGGGGAGGGAACUUAUGGAAGGCAGUGACUUGAAUUACUAUUUCAACUGGAUUAAAACUCAGCUCAGUUCACAGAAACUACGAGGUACAGGGGGCUCUGAAGCAGGAGCGGUCUCCACGAGUGAUAGUUCCCAGUAUGUACAAUGUGUUGCUGGGUGUCUGCAGCUGAUGUUAAGGGUCAAUGAAUAUCGCUUUGCGUGGGUAGAAGCAGACGGAGUAAACUGUAUCAUGGGGGUCUUGAGCAACAAAUGCGGCUUCCAGCUCCAGUAUCAGAUGAUUUUCUGUGUGUGGCUGCUGGCAUUUAGCCCUCAGAUGUGUGAAUACCUCCGUCGGUAUAAUAUUGUUCCAGUGUUGUCGGAUAUUCUUCAGGAAUCUGUCAAAGAGAAAGUAACUCGAAUCAUCCUUGCAGCGUUUCGGAAUUUGUUAGAGAAAUCUACUGAGCGAGAAACUCGCCAAGAAUAUGCUCUUGCCAUGAUUCAGUGUAAAGUUUUAAAGCAGCUAGAGAAUUUGGAUCAGCAGAAAUAUGAUGAUGAAGAUAUAAGUGAAGAUAUCAAAUUUCUACUGGACAAGCUUGGUGAGAGCGUGCAAGACCUUAGCUCCUUUGAUGAGUACAGUUCUGAGCUUAAGUCGGGAAGACUGGAGUGGAGUCCCGUACACAAGUCUGAGAAGUUCUGGCGGGAGAAUGCUGUAAGACUGAAUGAGAAGAAUUAUGAACUACUCAAAAUCCUGACAAAACUUCUGGAGGUUUCUGAUGACCCACAAGUGCUGGCUGUAGCUGCUCAUGAUGUGGGAGAAUAUGUACGACACUAUCCCCGUGGGAAGCGAGUGAUUGAACAACUUGGUGGUAAACAGCUGGUAAUGAACCACAUGCAUCAUGAAGACCAACAAGUUCGUUAUAAUGCACUACUGGCUGUGCAGAAGCUGAUGGUUCACAACUGGGAAUACCUUGGAAAGCAGUUGCAGUCAGAACAGCCUCAAACGGCCACUGCACGGAGCUGAACACUUCCAUCGGUUCAUGCUUAUAACUUCAGUAAAUUAAAAUCAAGGAAACAAUGAAAUCAAAUGUUCUUUGCCUGCUGCUAGAACAUAAACUUUCCAGCUUUCCUCCAGUGUUGUUGGCUUAGUAAAAAUUUGUUUGUCCAACUAGUUCUGAUGAUUAUGCCUAUUAACUUCCUGCUAUAUUCUGAAUGUAUAUGAGGAAAUGUGGCUAAUAUAUUGUGUUCGUUUUAUGUAUUUAUUCUCAUAAUAAAGAAUAUUAUUGAAUGAAAUUCUUUCCAUGUUAUAAUUAGCUGAGAAAAAUUGCUCUUUUCUUUUAGUGGGUUAUCAGUGUUGUCACUUUCCACAAAAAGCGCAUAGUCCCUGUAUGUCUGCAGACAUAUUAAUGUAGCUUUGACUUGGUGUUCUGUAGGAAAUACAGUAGUCAGAGAAACAUUGAUUAUCAGUAUUAAAAUAUGUACCAAGUCUCAAAACAGUGUUAAAAUUGUAUAUAAAAGCAAAUGUAUGGUUUUUUGGGGGAGGUGGGUUGCUUCUCUCAUUAGAGACAACAUUAAAGAAGCUGGAGAUGAGAAGAGAAAACAACGCUCAUCUAAUGAAAAAUGAUACACUUAAGAUUAUUAUUCUAGCUGUAUGACAUCAGCGUUAAGGCCGUAGAUCAGAGAUCAAGUUGCUUUUUUAUUUUUUAAUGACAAAUGUGCAGUAACUGAACUUGGAAUUCCGUGCUUUGUUUUUGUUGUUGACAGUACUUGCUAAUGUUGGGGUUCUAGUUUCAAUCUCAAAUCUAUUGUAUUUCCUUUAUAUUAAGCCUAAUUAUUUGGCUAUUAAUAUUUUCUGUGUUUUGUACCUCUUUGUAGUAACAAAGAUGUAAGCGUAAGUAAAUCAAAGAUGAUACAGGAUUGGCACAUGAGAACAGUCUUGUUGUGUAUAUAGCAGCUUGGCUCAAGGCACUUGCAACACUAAGCAUUUAAAAUGGGGCAGAGCUGUCCUGAAGAUUUUAACCUUUAAAAUCGGUCAAUUUCACCAAAAGCUUUUGUUGAAUUUUAACUAAUUCAUAAAACUUUGUACUGCAUUUGGGUUUUGUCCAACAAGUUAUAAUUAGCUUUAGCUUUUGCUGCUGAGCACUGGUUUUACUAUUCAUCUGUUUGCAUUAGCUCACUUAACUUGCUCAGCCUCCGUCUUCCAAAAUCUGGCAUGGGGCAGGCAGGCAUAUGCCAUGGUGGCAGAUUGAACGCCUCAGGGCAGUGUGAUGACAGCGUGGGUAGAGCUUGGUGUUAGGAAGAGAAUUGUGUGCCAGCAGUUUCUUUCCUUCCCUCUGGUGACAUGAAGAUUUAGAGAUGAGUGGAGAUUAGCUGCCAUGGAUCAGAUGACUAACUUCCUUCUAAAGUGAGGAGAUGCAGUUGCCAUCUUCCAAAUUAGGGUAAUCAACUUUGCUUUAUGAAUUUUUUCUCUGUUUUCCUAAUUUGUUUUCACUCUUAUGUUGAAUCCAAGAAUAAAUGGAGUUUAAUUUUCCUGUAAUGGAAGUAGCUGAGUAUUUGAAAUCUUUAUAAGCUGACUUUUAAGUUUUGCAUUUGAGGUUUCUUUUGCUUUUCAUGAUAUAUCUGUUUAAAUGAUUUUCUUUAAAUUUUGGUCUUGGUCUGAAAUCUACAUUGGAAAUAAAUUUGUAGAAGUUUGCAAGGUGCUGCAACUAUGAAGAGAGUUUAAAGUUGUCACAAUUCAAUGCAGGAGGGAUGGAGGGGAAGCACGAUGAACAGUACAGACUUCUGGAACUCAGGCAGGAAAAUGCUUUCAUCAUAUGCUUAGUGCAUGUUUAUUAUUCCCACAAGCCAUGUGGGAUCUUAAAGCCUGGAGGUGGAUGAAGAGGAAACCAGAUCUUGGUCUUGGCCACUGAAAGCUGCUCUGCUAGAAGCACAAGGGCUGAGCAGGAGAUGAACUGUCUAGGCCCUGGGAUGCACCAUGCUUCAACAAACCUCUCUUCAGUAUCACAUCAGAAUUGCAAAAAUGUCUUCAUGCACCUGCUUGAACAAAUGAAGUCUAUCAACAUUUUUCUAGUACUCAGAUCUGCUGGGUCAAUCUUUAUUUUUUUUUUGUGUUGAUGAAUAUGACAUGCUAGUUUUACCCUAGUAGGUGACAAGGAGCCAGAAGGAAUCCAGUUGACUCAUCGCUGUCCAAAAGUUUUGCUUCCUCUUUUUUCAUCUUCUGCAGAGUAGUUGUUGUCUUUUUAGAAGCACGUGUUUUGUCAGAGUUGAGAAAUGGAGCUAGUGGUUUCAUAGUGAUCAGGUAUGUUAUUUAAGUUAAUUAUACUCCCUUCUUCUUAGACUUCAAAAUGAUUAUUAAGCAGACAAAAAAUCUGCUUUGAAAUUUUCAAAUGGCCAUGGAUGUAGCUAUUCAAAUAUCAUAAAAAGCAGCAGCCUUGCUUGCAAGUGUUAGGUGUUCUGUUUAGGGAGUUAUUUAGGAACACUUCUUACUUUGGGAUAUGCAUAUUUCAUCAGUACAGCUGGUUCUGAGGUGCAUAAGACACUGAUUAACACAAAUGAUGUGCUGAAAAAAAUGUUAAUUGAUUUAUAUAAAAAAUCUGCUCCUUGGUCUCACUGCUGCUUGUAAGAUAAAUUACUGUACAGUAAGGAGCCAGACAAAAACAAGAAAUGGAAUAAUAGUUGACACUUAUGCGGUGUCUUGUUUCUGUUACUUGGUUGUGUCCAAGAACGCUUCUGUGCUAUAGGAAUGUAAUUGUUCUUGGGG